AAAGAUGUUUGUUUCUUUCCUCAAAAAUAGCUUCAAAUUAGCCCAUAAAUAUCCUAUAUCAUGUCACAAACUUCAACAUUCAAAAAUGAUGUAUACUCAAAUUAGUAAGACUAGCAGGGAGUUGUCAAAAUGUAGGCAUUUCUCAUCAUCUGUUGGAGCUGCUUGCGGCAACAAAGUUGGAUUCAUUGGGUGGUAUUUACAAAUGCUUGACUCUCGUCCCAUUCUCACCAAGACAAUCACUUGUACUCUUAUUGUCACUGCUGCUGAUUUGACUGCACAGACAAUUGUAGCUGGUUCAUUCUCAGGGCAGUAUGAUCUAAUACGAACAAUGAGGGUAGCUGGUUUUGCGAUGGUAAUUUUAGGGCCUUCACUCCAUGUCUGGUACAACUCACUCUCAGCAUUCCUUCCAAAGCGUGACGCCGUUUCAACAUUGAAAAAGAUAGCAUUAGGACAGAUCCUAUAUGGACCUACCAUGAAUGCUAUCUUCUUCUCCAUCAACGCUGCAGCACAAGGUGAAAGUAGUUCAGAAAUUGUGGCAAGACUGAAACGUGACUUGGUUCCUACUGCUGUUAAUGGUCUUAUGUACUGGCCAAUAUGUGAUUUUAUCACAUUCAAAUUUGUCCCUGUUCAUUUACAGCCACUUGUGGUCAACACAUUUUCUUAUGUGUGGAAUAUCUACCUGACAUACAUUGCAAGCCAACAGAAAGUAGCAGCUUCAGCAUAA